AUGUCACUGAAUCAGGCACAAGUACUUGCACGCAUCAAUGAUAUCAGACGCAGGCACGGGGCGCCCGCCCUUGUUUGGGACGACGCACUUGCCAGGUGCGCUCAGGACUGGGCGAAUCGGAAGCAGUUUGUUCACUCAACCGAUCGACAGUACGGGGAGAACCUGGCAAAAGUGUGGAGCUUCGAGCCGGACAUGCGCACCGCAAUAGACUGGUGGGCAAAAGAGAUGGACCUCUACGAUUACGAGCGGCCUGGAUUCAACAACAAGACCGGCCAUGGCACGCAGAUUGUGUGGAAGAAUACCAGAAAGAUUGGGGCAGAUGACGGCGUCCUUGACAAAGCGCUCAACAAUCCUCCUGAUCCAGCCGCGCACUGCAUCAUAGAGCUCACCGUUGAUGCGCACCACACCGGCCAUUCUGGCAAGUCGCCUGAGCUGGCCGUCCCUCAAACGUUCCACUGCAUCAGUCGUCGAGUGGAUGUGGCGGCGGGGCUGGCGAACAAGGGCACGUGA